UUGAUUAAACACGAGAAGAUUUCUACAUAAUUCAAUAAGAUAAAAGAAAAAAUUUGCAGCGAAUAUUGACAUUAGGAUUUAUCGCCAAAUACGAUAUCAUACUGCAACAUGUAAGUAUAUUAAUAGGGAAAGGUUACAGCUUUGUUUCUUGAAUUUAACAAUAAAAUUAGUUUCCUCUUGAGUUUUUGCGUCACUUGUGCGGAAUAUCGACAUAUUUCGCAACUUUGGAUCCUUUCACUGAUCUCGAUCUCGAUCUGUUUUCUUUUUCAGUAUUCCGUAGGAGUGGCCGAAUAAUCGAACAUGAGGAGAGAUACUUCUGUCCGCGGUGCGGUAGCUCCUUCAGCAAGAAGAGCAACAUGCUGACACAUUAUAGGCACGAGUGCGGAAAAGAGCCGAGGUUCCAGUGUCCUUACUGCGGAAAGAAAGACAGAAAGUCCUCCAACACUUACAGGCACAUCAGGAUGCAUCAUAAAGGCAGCAACAUCCAGGCGUAUCGGCUAUACUGAACCAAGGACUCUAUAACGUGCGGACUGACGUCUCGCACGAGAGAUAAGUGGCGUUUUCGUCGAGACGCCUGCGCCGGUCAAGCGAAUUAUCAGCCCUGAUCUUCCCUACCACGAGAUCGUCGCGAUUACUCGACGGACCGGCGGGUGAUAUGUCGCGAAGGAGUACGAUACCCGAGGAAUCUACAGCGAAGAGACGAUACCUGCAGCCCUACGACGCCCGUAUCAUGGACAUCCUGAGGGUGAAUUACGGUGGCAGCCAGAACGAGGUCAAGCACGAAAACGGGCCCUUCUGGCAGUCUGGGAAAAUGGCGUAUCACUGUCCCCGAUGCAAUGCCGGCUAUACUUACAAGAAGACGCUAAAGACCCACAUGAAGUACGACUGCGGGAAGGAGCCGAGAUUCAAGUGCCCUUACUGCAGUAAAAGGGACAAGUGCUCGUCGAAUAUUUAUAAGCACAUUAGAAUGCGACACAACGGAAAACCGGUGUACGUGGACAGAUUAGAGUCCCCUCGUUCUUCUACCUCUUCCUUCCGUGAUUCGCCGUCUGCCAUCGAGCAGUCAUAUUAACUUGUGCGGACUAAAUUAAGACAUUUUUGUGAUACAGGUGAUGCAAGUGGCUGUAAAAAAGAGAAAAGCAGAAAGGAGAAAAAGAGACUUUGAUUUAUAAUACAUAUUUUA